AUGAUAAUCAAAGCAACUCCUGAGUUUGCUAUUGCAUUUACUAAACUUAUAACUCUAGUAGGGACUUGUUGGCCGAACUAUAAAAAUGCACCUAAGUGGAAAUUUGUACUUUUUCAAGUGAGAUGGUGGCUUACAUUCUGCUUAUCUGUAUCUGCAUUUUUACCAAUGUGCUAUGCAGCUUAUAAUCAUUGGCGAAAUAUAUUGAGUUUUACAAAAUCACUUUUUGACGCUGCCAAUACCAGUCAAACUUUUAUUAAAAUGAUAUUGAGCAAAAUACAUUACAAGAGGUUGCAGUAUUUGUUGUAUGAAAUGGAGAAUUACGUGACCAAUGCCAGAGAAGAUGAGCGUGAAUUGUUUAUCGUUUAUAUAAAACGUUGUGGCAAAUUACAUUUGUUUGUGAUGACAUUCGGGUUCAUGGCUAUUCUCAUAAUAAUAGUCGCACCGAUUGGACUACCACAGCCGUUUCCAAAUAUUGCUGACUACCCAUUUCCAGUUGACGAAAGUCCUGCAUUUGAGCUGGUUUAUGCCCACCAGAGUGCUGCUACACUUCAUUGCCUCUCAAUUCCAGUUUUUGAUAUGCAAAUAGCAUUACUUUUGUGGUAUUCUGGCGCCCGUCUUGAACUUUUGGCUCGAGAAUUCAAAACCGUAACAGAUAAUGGACAUUUUGUUGAGUGUGUCAAGAAACACCAGUACUUGUUAUGGUAUAUUCAAGAAAUAAUAAUCAGUAGCCGUUAUGUUCUUGCGACUACAUCUGUUACGUGUGUAAUUGCAGUUAUUACCAGCGGAGUUCAUAUUGCUGGGAAUGAACCUGUUGGUUACAAAAUACCAUUUGCCGGAGCCUCUUCGAUAAUAGCCAUAAUUCUGUACAUUUCUGCAUGGCCAUCAGAACAUCUGAUCCAUAUGUGUGAAGGCGUUGGAACGGCGCUGUACGAAUCAGCUUGGGUUCAAAAUUCAAAGGCAUUGAAUAGCAGCAUGUUAUUUGUAAUGCAUAGAGCACAAAAACCGUCGACUAUUGAAGUUAUUGGAGUAAUGCCGAUACUUUCAUUGCCCUACUACGCAACGUUCUUAUCAAAAACUUUCUCCUACUUUACAACUUUACGUGUUUUACUAUCCAAAGUAGAGAUGGAUUAA